UUCCCAAAUUUGUCCGAGAUGGAAAAGUCUGAAUAUACGUGCAGUAUAUGUCACGACAUAUUUUGCUGUCCAAUGACUACCCCGUGUUGUCUGCAGACAUUGUGUGAGGACUGUAUCACCGGUUGGUUACAAAACAACACUACCUGUCCUUAUGAUAGGAAGAGCUUAUCUCUGGAUAAAUUAACGCGAGCACCUAGAGUACUAGCGAAUAUGUUAGGAAACCUAAGCAUUAAAUGUGAUUUUUGGGAUAAGGGAUGUCGAAAAGUGGUCAACCUCGAUGACCUCAUACAACACACCGCCAUCUGUGAGCACAAUGAGGCAAACCGUCCCAAAACGUGUGACGUAUGCUAUUGUGACAAAACACGUGAUCACGACUGCGUCGACGCACUACUUGAAGCCAAGUGUAGCGCGAAUGACGAAAUAGAUUUGUUAAAGCGAACGGUGAAAGAGUUGAAAAGUGAGAAAGAUCAGUUUUUGAAAACCAUCCAGGACAUUGUGGCCCGGAUUGGCAUAAGUGCUCAUCGGAUGACCAUAUAUUUGACAUCAACACCGCAGGCAAUAUCCAACCAGGGUCAGAUCCUAAUGCUCGACCCCAUGUCGGAGUUGCACUUUAGAGGUCCGUUUACUGUAGUGGUCACGUCGUACCUAAAGCUGAGGAAUCCGUGCGAACGGCGCGUGUGUUUCAAAUUGAAGACUACGGCCCCCAAGAGGUAUUGCGUCCGACCAAACGUGGGACACAUCGAGGCUUUCGGCACCGUAACCAUCGCUGUUAGCCUACAACCCGUAGACAUUGAUAACUUGAUCGGCAAAAAUAAACACAAGUUUAUGGUGCAGACGAUGUUCGCGCCCGAGGGGGUCGUCAAUCAGGAGACACUCUGGGAAGGCGUGAAUCCGGAAGCAAUUAUGAGAUCAAAGCUGAAGUGUGUGUUUGAUGUGACGCCCCCUUCAAACGAGACACCUGUCCGGUAG